AAGAAACAGGCGGAAGUCAACAAAGGACUAGUUUGUGUUUUUUUGUUUUGCUACUACGCCGAGCUAAAAGCAGAAUGGCGGAUGAGGACGAGGAGCCCGGCUUCGACGAGGAGCUGGAGGACGGCUCCAGCGGAGUGGACGUCGGCCACGGGAAGAGAAAGAGGCUCUUCUCCAAGGAGCUCCGGUGUAUGAUGUACGGAUUUGGAGACGACCAGAACCCGUACACGGAGUCUGUGGACAUUCUGGAGGACCUGGUGAUCGAGUUUAUCACGGAAAUGACACACAAAGCCAUGUCCAUCGGACGCCAGGGUCGCGUACAGGUAGAGGACAUCGUCUUCCUCAUCCGUAAAGACCCCAGGAAGUUCGCCAGAGUCAAAGACCUCCUGACCAUGAACGAGGAGCUCAAGAGAGCCCGCAAAGCUUUCGACGAAGCUAAUUAUGGCUCUUGACCACCUGUUUGAUCUUCAUCUUCAGAUCAUUUCUUUAAUUACAGCCUAAUUGUUUAUUAGCUUACCUUUGUUCUUCAGGAAUUUGUUUCAGACUGAGCUUGCUGUCCAAUGUCUGUUUUUUGUGAUGUUUAUUAUUUUAUAUGGUGGUAGGACAGUGCUUAACAAGUGUUGAACAAUAAAGAAACUUACUUUUAA